CACUCACACCCCCACCCACAUCCACACACACCCACACCCCGCCCCAGCACCCACACCAUGGCCGCCUCCACCCUGUCCGUCUGCUCCAGCGACCUGAGCUACGGCAGCCGCGUCUGCCUGCCCGGCUCCGGAGACUCCUGCGCCGACCCCUCCUGGCAGGUGGACGACUGUCCCGAGAGCUACUGCGAGCUCCUGUGCUGUGCCCCAGCCUCCUGCCUGACCCUCCUCUGCACCCCUGCGAGCUGCGGGUCCAGCCCCUGCCCACCGGCCUGCCCCGGCUCGUGCCAGCCCUCCUGCUGCAGCUGCUCCUCCUGCCAGGAGGGCUGCUGUGUGUCUGUCUGCUGCAAGCCCGCGUGCUGCACCCCUGUCUGCUGCAAGCCCGUCUGCUGUGAGGCCUCCCCUUGCUCAGCCUCCCCCUGCUGCCAGCAGUCUAGCUGCCAGCCCUCCUGCUGCAUCUCCUCCCCCUGCCAGGAAGUCAGCUGUGUGUCUGUCUGCUGCAAGCCCGUCUGCUGUACCUCUGUCUGCUGCAAGCCUGUCUGCUGCACCCCUGUCUGCUGCACCCCCGUGUGCUGCCAGGCCUCCCCCUGCUGCCAGCCCAGCCUCUGCAGACCCUCCUCCUGCGUGUCCCUUCUCUGCCACCCCGUGUGCAGGCCCGCCUGCUGCGCAUCCUCCUCCCCCUGCCAGCCAAGCUACUGCCCCCAGGCCUCCAGUGUGUCCCUGCUGUGCCGCCCCGUGUGCUCCCGCUGAUGGGGCACGUGCCCCCGGGAUGCUGGGCUCAGGCCCAACCUAAGGACCCUGGGCUUCCCGGCCACCCCUCAGCCCAGCCCUCACCUGUGCUAGGUGGCUGCCCCCAACCACGACGGGGUCCCCACAGGUGUCCACUCUCCUGACUUGACUUCACUCCUCCCUCCCAAGAACACUGACCCUGCCACUCCCCAGGGCUCCUGCUCCCGGGACGCACCUCCACCUGCCCUGGGUCACCUGCCUUCCCUCCCAGUCCCUCUGCUCGGUCACCUGGCCCUGCCCUCCAACCUGUGGGCCCCCUCCAUACCCCAAUAAACUCACUUCACCGGC